AUGCUGAAGAGCUCUGUGACCUUGCUGUUGCCUUGUGCAUUCCCCAACUAUUCAAAAGAACAAAUGGACAUUUCUUCAAUCAAAUCAAGGCAUUUUGCCUCCUCCUUGCUUACUUCAAAUUUGCUUCUGACCUAUUCAACCUCACCAUCCAAGGACUGGUCCCAAAUAGCAAGAGGCAUGGUCAUCAAUGAACUGACAACCUUUCCUGAUGAUACAUGUGUUGAAGCAGAAGAUGCAGAGAGGACUGGAGUCAACAAUAAGAAGCUCUGCAUUGCAAGACAAGACAAGAAAAGAAUCUACAGACCUGGAGUCAACAGUAAGAAGCUGAAGAACUCUAGGGAGACAAGAACUAUCUAUGUGGAUGGAGCAUGUGACUGUAUAAGAAUCAUGUGA